AUGAUAGAUCGCUUAAUUGCCAGGCUAGACAAGGGUGCCCAUGCUAUGCUCCUACCGCCUGGCAUCCCUGGCAGCCUGGUGCUGUCUUCACGGACAAGAGAUCUCACCUACCGUUUCCCAGCCCAGCACUUGUGCCGGAGCAAAGUCCGCUCGCCGUCUAAUGAGAUGAAGGUUGACAUACCGAGCUGUGGCUGCUACCGUAUGACUGGCGGCAUCUCAGUCCAUCUCUCUCCCACCACUUCCCACCACGGGCAGGGCCAUCUCACGCUUCUGCCAUCUCUGCCAUCCGUUGUGCUAGCAGAGGGGCUUCCACAGGCGAUCCAGAAGCUUUGGAGCCCCCAAAACACCACCAACCCAGUGCAGUGGGACCCCCCAGGGCCCAAUGCCGCAAGACAGCCAGAUUCUGGUGGCCCAAGGUGGCCCUCUAUCCACUCAGCCGAUGCGCUGGAGGUCUGGGUCCCCAUUGCGCCUCGCCAGCAUUAUUACGGAUAA